CUUCCUUUUGAUGUUUUGUACCUGCAGAAUUUGCAGAGGCAUCUGAAGAACCGAUGCCAAUCGCCACCAUCACAACUUCUAAUCUGAAUUCUUCCACGGGUUUCUCCAUUUCAUAACAUCAUAAACCAAGAUGGAACAUCAAGAUCACCAAGUUCCGAUUUCUGGAGCAGAGCACCAUCUCCUGGAGCUGGAGAUGCCAAAAUCCUCUGGAGGAACAAAUGUUGCAUCUAAGCUGCCAUGCGACCAUUGUUGUUCUUUCUCCAAGCAAGAACAAAGUGUUAUGGAUAUCGAACAACGGUCAAAAUCUACAGCCAAGCUCUGUGGACUCGUGAUCUUUUAUCUAAUUGUUAUGGCAGUGGAAAUCGUUGGCGGUUUAAAAGCCAAUAGUCUAGCAGUUCUUGCUGAUGCAGCCCAUUUACUCACUGACAUUGGUGGAUUCUCGAUCUCUCUGUUCACUAUCUGGGCUUCAGGUUGGAAUGCGACUCCACAUCAAUCUUUUGGAUUCGGUCGAGUAGAAGUUUUGGGGGCCUUUUUAUCUUUACAAUUAGUAUGGAUGAUCUCUGGGUACUUGAUCUUUGAAGCAAUUGAAAGACUCCUCCAUAAACAUUCACAAGUGAAUGGUGGACUAAUGUUUGCCAUUGCAGCAUUUGGUUUUGUAAUCAACUUCAUCAUGGUCAUAUGGCUUGGUCAUGGUCAUAGUCAUAGUCAUAGUCAUAGUCAUGAGCAUGGACAUGGGCAUUCUCAUGAUACAUGCCAUGAGAAACCUCAUCAUGAUGAUAUAAAUGAAGAAGAGGGUAGAAGUUUGGUUGUUAUAACUUCUAAGGCCAAGAGUAGGACAAUGAACAUAAACAUUCAAGGCGCCUACUUGCAUGUAAUGGCAGAUAUGAUUCAAUCAGUCGGGGUGAUGAUCGCUGGAUUGGUGAUAUGGGUGAAACCCGAAUGGUUGAUGGUCGAUUUGGUUUGUACUCUGAUAUUCUCUGUUCUAGCUCUAGCUACAACUCUACAGAUGUUAAGAAACAUAUUUUCUAUAGUGAUGGAGAGUACACCAAGCGAAAUCGAUGUUGUUUGCUUGAAAACCGAUCUAAAUAGCAUCAAGGGAGUGCAUGAUGUUCAUGAUCUGCAUGUAUGGGCAAUAACACAAGGGAAAAUUGUGUUGGCUUGUCAUAUAAUAAUUGAGCCAAGUGUAGACUCGAAUGAAAUACUUCACAAAGUUAAAAAUUUAUGUAAAGGUUCAUAUGGAAUCCAUCAUAUAACAGUGCAGAUUGAACAAGAUUGAAUAUUGAUGGUGGAAUGGAAACUUAUUGCAGUAUUUGUAGCAA